AGAGAGCUGCGUUCACAAGCUCAACACGACUUUAUAUUACAUAUUGCUGUAUUUUUAUUUAAUCGCAGGACAACUUGAGACUUUACAGGAGAGCAUGUUCAUGAUGAAGAUCUCUGCUGUCCUCGCCGUCUCCAUCCUCACUGUCUGUCACCUGUAUAGCUCACAAGCAGCACCGCUCAGACCUGCAUUAGACUCUUUAUCAGAUCGAGUGGUUCUAAGUGAUUACGAAGCUCGCAGGUUACUGAACGCCAUCGUUAGAGAAUUCGUGCAGAUGACAGUGGAAUCAGAUCAGAGAAAUGACAACAACAGCGAGGGCAGAGUGCUGGUGAAACGCUGCUCGAGCCUCAGCACCUGUGUCCUUGGAAAACUUUCACAAGAGCUGCACAAAUUACAGACGUUCCCGCGGACUGACGUUGGCGCGGGCACGCCUGGCAAGAAACGCAGUGCCAACUAUGAGGAAACACUCGAUAUCGCCUAAACCCUGCUCCCUCCCUUCAUCUUCCCUCCUUUUCCUCCUUCUCUCCGUUAUCUCUCCCAUUUCUGUUGCAUGUGGAUCUGCUGCCUGAUUGACUGACCCCCCCCCCCCCCCCACACACACUCUUUUAUUUUUGUCGGUGAAUGAGUACCUUUCCGUAGAGAAUGUGGCUCUUCCUUAAAUGUCGUGUUCUUACCAGAAUAUCAGAUAUUUGAAGGCUCCGCCCCGAACGCUAGAAUGUAGUAGCAUUGUUUGCUGUGUGACGUCUGGGAUGAUUCGCUGCUUCUGAGGGCAACAACCAAUCAGAGACAGGGGGAGGGGCUAAUACAUGUUUUCUACGUUGCAUUAGUUAAAUUACAUCACAGGCUGAUGAACAAACUCUGAGGAGAGCUCUGAUUAACGGAAAAAAUGAACAAUUAAAUGGAUAAUAACUAGAGGGAAGCUAGUAACGUAGCGUCAGUGUGUAAAUGAAUCAAACAGAAGUUAUGAUAUCACCUUAAAGAAAACAGAGAUAGAUCCCGCCCACUGCACCGACCCCCCCCCCCAAUCUGCAACAUGACUGUAGAGAGGGUUUGUGACUAUCGACCUUCUGAGACGUUCAUGUGAACUUCUGCACUGCUAAUUAGCUAACAGACACAUUUUUUCCAGAUUUCUCUGUGACGUUACAGUUAAUCAGUUCAUCUCCCUGAUGCUAGCGUUCGGGUCGCAGCCUUUUCUUUUCCUUUAGUACUGCGUUCAGUCAGGUGCAGGGCGAAGAGCUGAACAAUGAGAAACUAACAGUGUAACAUAGUUUAAUAAACUUAUUUUUUUAUCAGGAAGCUGCUUUACUUUCAUUUUCUUAAAUCAACAGCCGACACACACACACACAC